CUUUUAUGAAAAAUGUCGGCAUUAGAUGACGAGGACAGUAUUUCAUCAGUCAUUUCACUUUUCCGUACCAUAGAGGAGAAAGGAAAAUAUGUCGGACGAACGAAUGUACUACACUCAGUUGUAUUAGUUGGGAAAAUAUCACCACAUGUGACUGACCAUCAAGCAGUUGGAAACUAUUUUGAAGCUAUUGCACUAAAAUUUUCACCACCAGAUCAUGUAACUGGUCUACUGAUGGUUUAUCCUUACCACGUAAUCCACAUAAUAGAGUCAAGUUUCAGAACCCUGCUUAAAAUUUUCAGAGCCAUGAACGAGUCGGAAAAGAUCAUAGAAUGGUACAUGAAACCAUACACUGAACUCGGUGAUAUAGACCUUAAAAGUGAUGAUAAAAGAAAACCUUUCGGUGGUUUUGACGAAUCUACCAUAAAAACGGAGCUCAAAAAACAUGCCUUGGGACCUACUAUACACAAUCGAAUAAUUUGUGCAAUAGAUAACGUCACUAAUAGGAUAUUCCGCACAUACGAGGUGUUGAUAUUUGAUAUGGAACCGACAAUAAUAUCUGACUACGACUCAAACGAAUCUGAUAGCAAAAAGCUACUCAACUUACUCAUUCAGGUAACUAGACUGAGUAUAUAUCUUGCAGAAGAGCCAAUGAAAGGUCAAAAGGAAUAUGUUCCUGAAAUUUUCAAAAGGAAACUGAAUGAAAUUUUAAACAAUAUUCGUCAAGCACAUCCUGAGUUGAUUCCACAACAAGUGGCCGUCGGUUAUUUUGCGGAUAUAUCUUCAUACGAGGGAAUAAUACCUUUACAGGAAUACAUGGAUCUCUAUGAUCUACCUUACGAAACAACAAUACAAUCUGAGCUUACCUGGCCUAUUCAUGGGAAUAAGUAUUUUUACACCUGAAGAUAUUGAAAAUCAAAAGGCGCUAACGUGAACAGAACUUUAAAAUUUAAUGCGUGCAACAAAAGAUUAAUUUAUUGGAACUCAUUUGUUAUUUACAGACUCUUAGAUGAUAAACAUGAUGACUGAAAAAAAUUUACUUUUAAUUUAUGAGGGUUUAUUUCAGUCAGCAUGAUCGAUUUCAUUUAUG